AUGUUGGCUGUGCAUUUCGAUUGCCCGGGAGGCCCAGAGAACCUCUAUGUGAAGGAAGUGCCGAAGCCACAUCCAGGAGAAGGGGAAGUGCUCGUGAAGGUCGCUGCCAGCGCGCUCAAUAGGGCUGAUUUACUCCAGAGGAGGGGGAAAUACCCUCCGCCCAAAGGAGCCAGUGAGAUUUUGGGCUUGGAAGCGGCUGGGACGGUGGCCGGGUUCGGCGGCGGCUGCAAGGGCCGCUGGCAGGUGGGUGACACCGUGAUGGCCCUGCUCUCCGGCGGCGGCUACGCGCAGUACGUCACCGUCCCCGAGGGCCACCUCAUGCCCGUGCCAGCCGACAUGACGUUCGCUCAGGCCGCGGCCAUUCCCGAAGCCUGGCUAACCGCCUUCCAGCUGCUGCAUUUUGUAGUUAAGAUACAGGAAGGUGAGACCGUGCUGAUCCACGCCGGCGCCAGCGGAGUUGGAGUAGCGGCCAUUCAGCUGGUCCGACUGGCCAAGGCCAUUCCCAUUGUAACAGCUGGAACACAGGAGAAACUGGAAGCGACGGCAAACCUUGGAGCGGCUGCAGGCUUCAACUACAAGACAGAAGAUUUCAGUGAAAAGGUCUUGGCUUUCACCCAAGGUUCUGGAGUAGAUAUUAUCUUAGAUUGUGUUGCUGCCUCAUACUGGGAGAAGAAUCUCAACUGUCUCAAGACUGAUGGCCGCUGGAUCCUAUACGGACUGCUGAGCGGCGGGGAAGUGCAUGGAGAUUUCUUGGCAAGGUUGUUUGCCAAAAGAGGGAGCAUCCACACAAGUCAGCUAAGAUCCCGAGAAAAAGAGUACAAGGAGCGGCUGGUUGGGGCCUUCACAAGGACCGUGCUGCCUCAUCUCUGCACGGGCGCCAGCCCUCGCCUGCGGCCACUGGUGCACAGCAUCUACCCCCUGCACCGCAUCGCCGAGGCACACGCGGCCAUGGAAGAAAACAGGAACACUGGCAAAAUCGUGAUCAGAUUGCCAGUUUGGAUUUUCUGUGCUCAUUUCAUAUUUGCUUUCUAG